AUGGUUUUAACGAUAUCAACAUUAGCUUAUUGUAAAGCAGUCCUCCAUUGUGUUAAAUAUCCUCAUUGCCCAAUAAAAGGAUUUCUUAUUGGUGAUGGUUCUAGUAAAGAUUCUAUUAUUAUUGAUGCAAUACCCAUAUCUCACGACAUCCCAACAUUUGCUGGUAUUUUUGAGUCAUCUUUAUUAUUUAUUGAAAGAUAUUGUAAUGAUAAUGGUUAUGUUAUAGCUGGUGUUUAUUUUGCCAACCAAAUGUUAAAUGACAAAAAAUUAGAUUCUUGUGUUGUUAAGUUAGUGGAGAAAAUUCAAAUUAAGUAUCCUAAUGCAUAUAUUAUGCAGCUGGAAAAUACAAAAUUUUCACUUGAAUCAUCAACAAAAUGUGUUAUGGCAUAUUACUAUGAUAAAGAUACAAAGGUAUGGAAAGAUAAAGAACAACCAGUUGAAGAUGUCUCAUUAACAUUAAGAGUUGCAUCGAAAGCUAUUGAUGUUAAGAUGGAUAGACAAAUAUCUGAUUAUGAAAAUUUUCUUGAUAAUCCAAAGAUUCAUGACAUUUUAAAUCUUAAGUUAAAUGUUGGGCUUGAAAAAUAUUUAUCCAUUUAA